GGAAAGCAUUAUUGACAUCGAAUUGACUAAUUGGCCAAUUUUGAGAGAGAGCCAGGGUGAAGACAGUUCGAACGGUGACAGGCUUGACAACCGGACUGAACGUGUCAGUGAAGUCGAGCCCUGGACGCUGAUGAAACCCCUUUGCCACCAAACGAGUCUUAAAACGUUCAAUAGCACCAUCAGAAUGAUGCUUAACACGAAAGACCCAACGAUUGCCGAGAACAUUAUAAUGAGGUAGUCGAGGGACUAAGUCCCAAGUGGCAUUGGCGAGAAGAGCCUGGUUUUCAGCGGAAAGGGCCUGGCGCCAUUCUGGAAAUUGCAAAGCCUCCUUGACCGAGAGAGGCUGGAGAGGAGGCGGCCCAGCUGAUAAAUGAGAGUGAAAAAGGCGCUUGGGCCUGAAGAUGCCGGACUGGGCUCACGUGCGCAUAGUAUGGGAGUGAACAGGUGGAGGCGGUGGACCAAGGGGCUGGGGAGGCCCAGACGGAGGAGUGACUGGCGGAGAAGCGGGCCGGGGCAGGGGCAGGGACAGGCCCAGACGGAGGGGAAACUGCUGGAGGGGUGGGCCGGGGUGCUGAGGAGGGCCCACGCGAAGGAGAAUCUCGCUGGGGAGAGUCAUCUGCUAAGGGGAAUGGGCCAGGGGAGGCCCACUUGCUGCUGGGUGGUGUAAUGAGCGACCUGGGAGGAGAGUAAUUGGGGGAGAAAGAUCAAAUAGCCAGGUUGCCGGUUGGGGAAGCUCAGUGGAUGGAGUGGAGGGAAAGCCUGGAAAAUUAUCCUCAACAAAUAUGACAUGGCGAGAAAAGAAUAUACGGUGAGUGUGAGAAUCAAAACACCGAUAAGCACUACGUUGAGGACAAUAACCAAGGAACAGACACGGACGAGAGGGUCAAGUUUGUGCCAAGAAUAUGGACGAAGCCAGGGAUAGCAGAGACAGCCAAAGACACGAAGUUUAUGAUAAUUAGGAGAGAGAUUGAAGAGAAGAGUGUAAGGAAUUUUACCACGCAAGGCAGAGGAUGGAAGACGAUUGAUGAGGUAAAUAGCCGUGGAAAAAGAAAAGGACCAAAAAGAGACAGGAAGGUGAGCAUGAUGAAGAAGAGUUAUACCAGUUUCAACCAAGUGACGGUGUUUACACUCAGCAAUACCGUUAUGUUUAGGUGUAUGAGGAGGAGUGAGAAGAUGAGUUAUGCCAUUUUCAAGAAGAGCAGAACAUAAUUUUUGAAAUUCUCCACCACCAUCAGUGUAUAAACGAUGAAUGGUAGUAGAGAAAUAAUUUUCAACAAUUUUUCUGAAAUCGAGAAAAACUUGAAGAACAUCGGAUUUACGACGUAAAGGAUAAUACCAAGUAUAUCGAGUAAAAUGAUCAAUGAUAAUCAAGUAAUAGCAAUAAC